CAACAGUGCUGCAUGCCACAGCAGGGGGUCCACAUCACGACGGCGCACAUACCUCAUUUUGAUUACUCCAAGUCAGGGGAUUCCAAAUGAGGAUCCUGUACAAGACAGGAGCACUUGAACAUGGUGACUAUCAAGCGUAUGUUGUCCUUUGCUGCCAUCCUAGGAUCCGUUUUGAGGGGUCGUUCCUUCGAAGUCAGCAUAUCGAGAACAAGUCCGCAUGCAAUUGACGGCCGUGUAACCUCAUAUGAGUGCAGAAUAACGGCACACAACAGCAGUAGGUUUGACCGAUAUUGGACCCUGGAUGGUAGACAGUUCGGAGCUCUUAGCAGCAACUCAUCCAGUGACACUUUACAUGUCACGCUGCACAGGAAUAUGUCGGGUUCCACUCUGAUGUGUUACGUGUACACGGACAUGGGUGUCAAAAAUGCAAAAUGGACUAUUGACGUUAUGUAUCCAUCGAACCACGUGUCACUUGACAUGAACUCUACAAAGUACUGUGAUAGCGACAUGGACUGCAGCGCAGAUGUCACGAUCGGUCGUCACUAUCGAUUCACCUGCAACGCGUCUGGUUCGAAUCCAGCCAGUACCAUCUUGUGGCUGAUCAGCACGAAGGGGCAUCGGGGAGUGUGUCUGACUGAGAUUCCUUCCGAUUGGAGUCAGUCAGGCCAGGAUGAGAACGCGGACUGGGAUACAUCGAGUCAAAUCAACCUGCAGAUUCUCCCUGAGGAUCGCCAUAGCAGCAUUGUGUGUAGAGUGAUGUUUCCUAGUAACAAAACACUGUUUACAGAGAUUGCCGUGAAACUGCAGGUCAGGAAUGAACCUGGAAGUCUGAAGGAACUGCUAAUGACGGUCUGCAUCCCAACAGCCGGGGUGAUUGGGUUGGCAUGCGUUGCCAUUGCGAUUGCGCGAAAGAGGCGACAGAAAUACAAGCCCCGUCAGCCACACCCGCAGGCAGAUUCGUCUCGGCCUCCAUCCUCCCAACAUGAGGAGAGUCAAGCAUCGAAAGAGAAGGGCGUGUACCAGGAGAUCCCUGCGGUUCGAGAGUAUCAAACGCGGGUGUCCAUUGACGACCAUAAGGAAACCACUUUCCUCAGAUAAGCUAAAACCAAAUGCGUCAUAAAUUUCCAAUAAAUUCAUGAUCAAGAUUCUGGCUACACACUUUCUGAAAGAACAUUAAACCCACCAGUGGAAGCUUGGAACUGGGAAAGGGGGAUUCGAGGAUGACUUGCCCGGCCAUGGAAAUUUGAAAGGAGGAAGAAGGGUGCUCACACCACGUGACACUAUCGAGGGCGAUUUCCAUGAUACAGAGGUAUUCUGUAUGUGUAAUACACUCCUGUAGAACUUUUCAUCAAAACGUUCUACCUUUUUGUGUGCUACUAGACACAGUUUGGUUGUUGAGAAGUCUGAAAACUCUUCACAAUGCGCCUUGAUUUUUCCCACCACGAAAAAGUAGGAGAUAGGAUUUAAAAAAAAAUUAUCGCUGGCCAAAAAGCGAUGGGGAUAUUUACCUGCAUCCCCUGAUUUAAGCCUGGGGUGAAAUCUUUAUGAAACCGAGUGCACUCCUAACCACCCAUGGAAACACUCACUCUGUAAAUUCACGAGGAGAAGACAAGUAUAAGAAAUCUGAGAAACUCCUUUUCAAGGGAAAUGUUCGAACGCAUUCAGGCCUUGAAAAUGACCGUUUCGCAGUGACGAGAGAAACGUUCGCACUAUCAUAAUUUGCCGGACAAAAACCGUAUUUUUUACAUUGAAAAAGUGGGACAUUUUAUUGAGAGCAACUUACAGUGGAGUAUCCAGGUUUUGCAGUUGAGGGGAUAUUUUCUGCGAAAAAAAUAUCACUUGUGAUAUAUGCUCAACACUGAAUGGCUUUGUAAAUGUUGCAAUAAGAUCCUUCUCAUAACGAUUGACAAAUAACUUUCAAAGUGCCUAAAGAUAUUCAGUAUGAGAAAUGAAACAUUAUUCUUUGUAUGAGACGGAGCAAAAGAAUAGUGUUACUUAUUGGUCUGUUAUCCCAGACGAUUGCUGCUUUUUAUUCUCGUUUAAUACUUUCUUGCAUCUGUCGGUGCUGCUCCCGCAGUGCUACAGCAAAAAAAAAAAUCUGGCCCUGCAUGAACACUCUUGUGAUGAUGUCAAUUCAGCAGGGUUGUUUCUGCAGUGAAUACUGUUGCCAAUUGGCGAUGCAUUCACUAUACAAGUUGCUGACGGGGAUUACUGUAACCUCUUAAA